AGCACGCCGUCAUGGCCCUCCUCACCGUUCAAGCGGACAUCGUACUAAAGACAUCUCGGAACGGUUUUGAAGACUUCUAAACCGUCACCUGUCCUCGAGGAAGCGGGAGCAUGACUCCAUCCGCGCCUUAUCCCCUUCGUGGAACCUAAACGCAUAGACCCCGCGCUUGGGUACACUUCACGCAUUACGCAUUCCAUGGGCUCUACACUCGGAUGACGAUCUGACGACGCCCCUUGGCUGCUCGCUUUAAAACCCUGAGUCCAGGAAUAAUUCUCCUUCGUUUCCUUUCCCCACCUUUGGUCUCCCAGCACUCCACUGUCAUCGCAGUCACUCACGCUAUGGCAUACCGCGCUGACACCGUUAACACUGGCACCACCGCCACAGAUGUCCACGAUAACGGGGUGGCUAGGAAUUACGGCGCGCCCGUUCACUACGACCACUCGCCUCUGCGCAAGGGGCUCUACACGUUGCUUACGCUGUUGUCGAUAACCCUCGCCGGGCUGACGAUUACUCGCAUCGUCAACACCGAGUCCGUCCGGCCGCCUGGUCGCGGAUCCUACGACAAGGUUACUGCCGAGCUGCUCGCGUCCAGUCUGUUGACCAUCCCGUGGGCUAUCCAUGCCAUCCAUAGUCUCCGUCGCCGCAUCGACACUGGGUUCGGGAGGAGCUUCGCCCAUGAACUCGGUGCCCUCCUCGCCCUUUGGCUGCUCUGGCUCAUCGGCGCAGCGGUUGCGACUUCCCACUGGCGCGACGAAUCCUCUUGCUGGUAUCAGUUCAGCUGCCGCCUCCUCACUGCCAUCACCGCCAUUGCGUGGUCCGGCUUCGUCAUUAUCACCUUCCUCGUCAUUGCGAGCGCCAUCCUCGGCAGCAAGAAGGGCGGCUUCGGCAAGCCCAUGCACGCCCAGUACGACGGUCGCCAUGCGGGCGCGUACGAUGCGCCCAUCACCACUCGCAACGCGAAGCAUGCCGAGAUGGGCACCGCUGCCCAUGUGUAGAGGCUUUGCACGUACGAGGUUAUUCGCCAUGCAACGCAAUAUCCACGCUGCUUUCAUGGCCCUGGAUGAGAUCUGUGCGAGUCGAUACUGUUCUGCAUGUUUCAUUUAUCUCUUACUCCCAGGCUGUUUGUUCCAUGAAUCUGCUGCCUUUCUCGUUGUCUUCUGCAUUUCUGAUGUUACUGUAGUACUAGUUCACGCUCAAUGAAUAUUUGAUGAUCUGCCAUGUUCACGCC